AUGCUUCGUCAGUCAACAUCCAUGUGUGGUAAAAAAAACUCAAUUUUUCUCUAGAAAAUCAAGAGGAAUAAAAAACGCACAGGUGGUAAUGAGAAACUCUCACAACAUUAUGUUAAUCUGUCAAUUUCCAAAUGUGAUCAGUGUUAUUCACAUUUGUUGGACAUCAUGGUAAUGAUUUAGUCUUUUCAAUGGUAAAUAUAGUUGUUGAGGAAAAACGGUAUAUUGUAUAAACCCUUCUUUUGAGCUACAUCUCCUGUAUAACUCUCUAGUUUCUGUCUCUCUUAAAAAAGUAAAAGAAAUGUUGUUCACAGAGGAAAACGAGCUCCCUGGUCACUUAAGGGAGACCUUGAGGCUGUUAGACUGUAGCAACGACAGGGAUGGACCACAAAAAAUUCUGCAUAAACCGCUUGUCCAGUUACAAGACAGCUUCCAAACUGCUCACAGCUAUCCCAGUGCCCGGGAUUCAAAUCAUCAGCAGGCCCCUGAAGUGAGGAUACUCAUGGUUUUUAGAGUCCUAGUUUAUCUGUUUUGAAAUUAUGUUAUUUUUUUAUCGUGCAUACCCAAUUUUGUGAGAAAAGAUCAAUGAUAGAGGACAUUUUUUGAAGGGUCCCUCUCUGUACAAUCUAAAUGAAGAGGGGGCUUCAUGGCAUAUGGCUCCCAGCAGCAGUACAGCUUUGUGCAAAGGUCCAGCACCCUUGGCAUGUUUCUCUGUGGACAUGAAGCUGAAAAACCAGCAGGAAAGGCCUGAGCUCAGGAGCCAGACUGCAGUGACUCAAGGCCAGAGUGCAAACUCCUCAUAUACUGAUGUUAUUUUAUUUCAGUGAGUAUGCAUCUUAUGGCGGAAAAAAAAAUUAUAUCUUAAGUGACUGAAAAAAAAAGAAAGUGUUUUCUAUGCGUGUAAAGAGAAUUCAAAUAAACAUAGUGUGUCAUAUUACAGGUCAGAGUGGGCAAAAUUUGAAAACAACACUCCAUCCAAGCACUACGGGUUUCACAACGUCCAGAUGGAUUCUGUAGAGUACACUUACAGCAGAAUUAACCAUUUGACUGAGGUGAAGGAGCUUGACUCUAAGGAAGUGCGUCGGGAUCUCUUGGUCAACAGUACAGAGCGUGCUAUGGAUGAAAAUGCAGCCAUCGUGAACUGUGGAGAAUCAAGAAACUACCUCUACAGUGUCAUGAAGGACGAUCAGAGCAUCCUGGCCUGUCUUCCCAGCGAAGAGACAAAAGCAGUUGCAGGCAUCAGCGAGUCCUCAAAGUCUCAUCAGUCAUCAAUGAAAAUGAGCCCUGCGGGGAGCUUCACCUCCACUCCUCGUCCUCUCACUACAUGGGAUGUUAAGGUGGAAACUGAGCCAGCACAGCAUAUGUCGACUUCCACCCAAACUGAAGCACCAGAAACAUCUGACAAGCAUGUCAUCACUGAAGUCCACAUGGCAGAUCUGGACUAUGUUGCUGAGGUAUCACUAAAAGCAGAGGCUCCAUUAAAUCAUCUCCAGAAAACUGUAAAUCAACCCCUUUUUUUUAUAUUACAGGAAUUUCUCAAACUAAAGGCAGCCAAAGAGGAGCUGAGGGAGCUAAAAGCCAAAAUGAAAAGGUAAGAUUACACCGAUUCCUCCUUCAGCCCUGUGCUGCAGAGAUUUCUCCUGCAGAGGGGCUAUCAUCUGUAAUUUUAUUUUGGUUUUGGCAGCUCUACUUGUCAAUCUGGAAAGGAAUGUGAAUAUCCAGCAUGCUCAGCAGGCAGAGCUGUGCCUUCUGACUCUGCAGUACAGCAUGUACAGACAGCACUGCUGGAGACUGUAAGCACUGCUAAGCACAGAACUGCUUAAGUGCAGCUAAAAAAUUAGGAUGUUCUAAAAAAGUUAUUUUUUCCCCAUAUAAUUCAAUUCAAAAGGUGAAACUUCUAUAUAUUCUAGAUUCAUCACAUAAUAUUUCAAGAUUUUUUUUAUCUGAUGAUUAUCUGCUGGGGUGUUAGGAAGCCCAGGUUGCUUUGAAAGCCCCUCAAGCUCAUCUGUAUUGUUGCCCUGGUGUCUCUCAUCUUCCCCUUGACCAGUGGUUCUCAAGUCCAGUCCUUGAGGCCCACUGUCCUGCAUGUUUUGGAUGUUUCCCUGCUCCAGCACACCUGAUUCAAAUGAUCAGCUCGUUAUCAAGCCAUUACAGAGCUUGAUAACGAGCUGAUCAUUUGAAUCAGGUGUGUUGGAGCAGGGAAACAUCCAAAACAUGCAGGACAGUGGGCCUCAAGGACUAGACUUGAGAACCACUGCCCUUGACAAUAAUACCAUGGUCAACAAAUCAGUUUCUGGUAAUUUUGGUGGUGUGAGCAGGUGCUAGAAAGAAAAAAAAUCAAUGUCUCUAUAAAGUUCCUCAGCAGAUGAAAGCAUGAAGUGCUAAUCAAAGUUCAUCUGACGAUCUUGGCACUCAAUGAGGGACAUAUUUCAAAACAUCCAAAUAGAUCCUUUGAGUGAAAAUCAAAAAUCUUAAUCCAAAAGCUGCUUUAGGUGACUCAAUAUUUAUUUUAGUCACCCUCUCCCCUCUGCAGGCUAAAGAAUCCCCCUGAAAACAUUCUGAGUGUUCUACAAAAUCUGGAAACAGGCUUUAGUCAGCUGAGGGAUAUGAUCAUGGCAGGAGUUCCUCUGAAGCAAAUGGAGCCUCUGUCUGUAAACUGUGAGAAGAUUUCCACUGAAGUGAGUUCUAUCCCUGCACAGGUAAGAUUUAGAGUUGUGACCCAACAAGUCUUUUACAUAAAACAGUUAAUUGAUCUUAUUUUACUCCUACUUGGUCUGGUUUAAGAUCAGCGAUGAUGUCCUGAGAAAUGUUCCUCCUGGGUGAGUCAGGGCAUACGUGCCUGUGUUUUGAUUUAGUUUACUUCAAUGGUGUAUCAGCUGUAGCAUUUGACUUUGUAUCAGUAGGUACGGGGCUAUUGUCUUUUCUGAUUCACAGGAGCUCCCAAAAAACACCGACACACAAAACAUCAGGUGAAGACAAAGGAUGUACUGAUAGUCAAAGCAGAGACAGCUGUCAGGUAUGUGUAAACAGGAGGUGUGAUAGAAAAACAUCAACAGUAGAGCUGUAGCAUUUUUUCCUCUGUCAGCUGUUUUAAUAAUCAGUAAAUCUUUUUAUCCUUUCCGACAAACAUCUGCCGGUUCCGGCUGAAAUGUUCAGUAUUUAAAUUUUUUUUUGACAUUUUAUAGACAAAAACUGCAGAUGAGUCAGUAAAGAAAGCAGAGAUUUUAAAGUUCCUGCAGUACUAAAUAUGAAUGAGCAAUAACCUGGAACAUCUUGUUUUAAUAUGGGACCGUUUGAACUUAGUUUUACAUUUAUUCCUCAUCAAUUCAAACCUCUUAUCUCAGGAAAAAGAUAAAGAGACGAAGAAGGAGAGCAGAAAACCUACGAGAGCUGUCACUCUGCUCCAGAAUCCACCAAAGUUGGAAGAAAAGCAAUCAAGUGAGCAAAAUGAACAUCUUGCAUCACCUUGAAAGCGUGUGUCUGAAUCAUAGAUGAGCUUUUCUUUUUGUUGAGAGCAGUUUCAUGUAAAGAGCCCCACACCAGCGAGGCCUGGUAUGAUGCUGAAGAAAAUCUGGAACUUCCAGGACCUGAAGCAGCCCCUGUUGGACAGGAUGCAACAGGUGAGAUCAGGAGUACCUGUCAAGGACAAGUUGCUAAAGAUGGAUGAUAUUGUAAGUGGUGACGCUGUUUUUUUAACCUCAGGAUUGCCCAGUGAGGAGGUUGAGAUUUCAGUUCUCUUUGUUUCCAAUCUGCCAAGUCAUGUGGCAAAGGUGAGCUUGUAUCCUUUCUGCUGCUGACUGUUAAAACAUUAAUAUCUCAGGUAAGAAUAAGUGUCACUGUUUUUUUUUUAAGCAUCAUUCAGAUUUCAAAAACUUUUCACCCUCAUUUGUUGUACUACAAUCAUAGCCAGCAGAGGGCGGUACAAGCUUUAACUUGAAUUUCCUCUUUUCCAGAGUGAUGUGAUUCUAUGGUUUGAAAAAUACAAUGUCCUAGAAGUCAGCCUCUCUGAUUUAAAGAAUGGUCUGAGGUGAGCUACCUUCUACUCUUACUGAGAGUUUUUUUUACCACUUUCCAUUCGCAUGGUAAAAAUUGAGUCGUAUGUCUGUAAAGAUGUCAGAAAUGUUGUAAAGUUUUCCAGACCAGUCUUAAACCCGUCUUUAUUACAUCAAAGCCCCCAUGCAGUGAAUUUGCUUCCCAAAAAGACAGUGUUAUAGCCGCCUGCCUUUCUCUUUGUGAGCCAGGGUUGCCAUAGUGACGACAAGUGGAUCCCAGUCUGCUAAAGAAGCAGUGAGAGAUCUGAAUGGAUGCAACAUGCAAGGCCACACUUUACAUGUGGAGCACAUCAUCAGACCCACCGGCGGGAACCAGAGCCAGGCCUUGGACCCUGUCAGUGGACCAGAGUCUGCUCAGGCCAAAAAACCCCGAACCUCAAACACUGAAUCCAGCAAAACUGAGAGAGAGGUAUAGCAGAGUUGUUCCACAUAGAAAAACAGGUAGAAGAUGUCGGAUAUAACCGUGCAAAAUCGUCAUCUAAGGUCAUAGACAGAACAAAUGAUGUACUUAACAGGCAAAUAAUCAGACUGACGAUUUUUGCUAGUGCAGUCUGUCUUUUUCUUAUCCCAGCUGAUAGCUCAGCCUUUGCUCAGCUCCAGCAUGAAGAACAGAAAAGUUUCCUGCACCCCCACUGUGAGAGGAACCUGUGUACCCCAGCAUUACUGCACCCUGGGCGGCUUCGAAACCCUGAUGGCAGAGCUGACGCAGAGGCACCCGGAUGUCAGCAGGCAGAGGAUCAUUGAUGCUCUGAGUGAGCUGAAGGCAAAGCACGGUGGUGUCCUCAUCAGUCUGCCCCUCAGCACCAUCAGAGACAUGAUGUCUGAGCUCCUGAUCCAGCCAGCCACCACAACCCAGAGAUGA